GUUAUAAAACGUGCAGUACGCCGAAGCUGCGGCAACAUUACGAAUCCGAACACAACAGUUCAAUGUGUCACAAGUGUCGGACGCCCAAAGAUAACGGUCACAUUUGCGUUGACCCCGCACAAGCUUAAAGCUGUUCGUACGACAGCACCUUAUACUCGCCCGAUUAUCUAAUGACACUCGCAAGUUCGAAACCGGCGUCUUUGUCGGACGUCGGCCUGCUUGUUAACGCCGACGAUCAGCUGAACGACACCGAUCGAGAGCUGCUCAAUUUGCUGGUGACCGAGGACGAUUGCUCGGACAUUUUACGAAAGAUCGCCGACAACGAGAGCUUUGAGAAUCUCAUAGACGACAGCGCCGCGUUCGAGCCCGAGUCCGUCAUCGCGAGUUUAACGAGUUUGCCCGACGUGUUACUCGCGGGUGUCAAGGAGAAGAAAGUGGGAACGUUUAAGUGCGACCACUGCGGCAAACUGUGCACUACCAAAAAGUUACUGAAGUACCAUCUCAUGUCCCAUUUCGGAAUUCGGGAACACUCGUGCGAGGUGUGCGGCAAAAGCUUCAAGCACCGCUACGAGGUAGCCGCACACAAGCUGACCCACGCCAAACCAAGUUUUCAGUGCGAGGUGUGUGCGAAAAUGUUCAUUCACAAGUCUCACUUGAAUACGCACCUACGGAAACACACGAGGGAGUUUGUCGCGUAUUGUUCGGACUGCCGCAAGGGUUUCGCAACUCAAGCGUCUUAUAGGUAUCACGUCGACAAUCAGCACGGGAAACCCGAGCACAUUUGCGAUAAGUGCGGUGCGCGGUUGUCGUCCAAUUCGUCUUUAAAGGAGCACUUACUAGUCCACGAACCCGACUACGGCCGAGAGCGUUUGCACAUCUGCGAGCUGUGCGGCAAAACGUACCUGACCGGUCGCAACCUGCGCAACCACCUCAGGUCGCACGCGAACGAAAAAAGUCACCACUGCCACAUUUGCGGGAAAAGCCUGAGCAGCAAGCGAGGCUUGCAGGUUCACCUCAAGACGCACAUGGGCGACAAAAGCUUCGUGUGCGAGUUCUGCACCAAGGGCUUCACCUCGAAGGAGUACCUCACCGUACACCAGCGCACUCACACCGGCGACAGACCGUUCCGGUGCAAAACAUGCGGCAAGUGCUUCACGCAGAAAACCUCGCUGAACGUCCACACGCGCAGCCACACCGGCGAGCGCCCCUUCAAGUGUCACUGCGGCAAGAGCUUCAUCACCAAGACGCACCUCGCCGCCCACCUGAAGACGCACGAGGUUGCCAAUAUCGACUUCUCAUAUGCGCCUCAAAUGUUAAUUUGAAAAUAAACGAUCUCCCCCCCCCCCCCCCCCUCUCCAAGUGUAUCACUG